AUGUUAUUCGCUGUUUAUGUGUUUUAUAUUCUCACGAGAUGCUUAUUCGGUGAGGGAUUAGAUACCUCGCCAAACGAAGAGAGUCGCUAUGCAAUAGCUCAAAUUCGAAGUGCACGAGGUGAUAUCAAAGGAUUUAUUUGGUUCGAACAAAAGUUCACACCAAGCCGUCAUUGCUUGAUUCAUGCGAAUAUCACUGGAAUACCUGGUGAGCACGGAAUAGCGAUAGCGGAUUGGGGUAACAUGCAAAAUGGAUGCGAAAGUAUGGGUUAUACUUUCAAUCCAGACCGCAUUUCUAAGCACGUUUCAUUUAACAAGCCAAUGCAUCGAGUCGGUACUUUAGGGAAUAUCAUCGAUGGAAUGUACGAGGAUGCAAAUAACCGGUAUGUGACGUUGUUCGGUAGAAAUAGCGUGAUUGGUAGGGGGGUGGUGAUAUUCGAGAAUAGGGACGAUGGAGGCGACAUGAAUACCAUCGAGAGCAGAUUCGAUGGAAACGUCGGGAAAGCGAUCGCGUGUGGUAUUAUUGGGCGAGUUGCAGGCCCUUCUGACAGAUCGUAA